ACUACCAAAUGUCAUAUUAAGACUUUUUUUUAAUUAUACUGACCUGUGACUUCCUCUUAAUCCCAAUUUCCCAAAUCAAUUCCUAAAAACAAAAAAUCCCCUAAGUGCCGCUCAUCACCUCCAGCUGUUCAGCGCCGCUGCCCUUCGACAGCCGUCUCCACUCCGGCGGUCUCUCUAUCUCCCGCUUACUCUUUCGCCGGCGCCCAUCACCGUUGCUUCGUCCCGCGCCGGAGUUCACCACUGCUGGCGCUUCUCCGCUCCAGCCUUCAGACGUUUCCGUGCCGCUGUGCCGCCGGUCAAUCUCAUCCAGUUCCAGCUUAAACCAGUUUAGUUUCUGAUGGCGACAACAACCCCGGUUAGUCAAAAUCAAAGAAAGCGAAGUUUAGAAGAAGCAUUGGAACGACGGUUUGCUGUUGCUAAAGCCGAGCUUCUUCAAGAACAGAAGAAAAACAAAACGACAUUGGUUGAAGAAGAUGGAAAAGAAAUGUCUAGCACUAAAGCACCCAUUGCUCCUUCCUCCAAUUUGUCAUUGAAGAAAGGAAAUUUUCCCUUCUCGGGUCCCUCUAGUUCACAAGAUGUUGAAGAAAAUGGUGAAGUAUAUUCCAAGCUAUCAGAACCUAUGCAUGAGAAUUUGUUACCAGUUGAUUCCAAGUUUUCCAACAAAAAAGGAAGCAUGGCAGAUAAGAUAUUGCAUGAACUUCUUCAAGGUGGUGAUUCAGCUCAGAAAUAUAUGCAAGGAUCUAGAAGUAUCAAAUUCGAAAAUUGGAUCCUCCUUGAUAAUUUCGUGAAAGGUCGACUUAUGUCUACCGGUUCUCAAAUCAGGGCUUUGAAGAACCUCUCUAAGCGCUCUAAAAGACAUAUGUCGAUGAAGCUGCUUAAGAAGUCUGGAGUAUUUGAGCUGCCUCAGGCUAUGCAAAAGUUUGAUACAUUUAAACCAAUGCAUGAAAUGUGGAAAGGCUACAUGAAUCAACUUCUAAAAACUAGUGGGAAAAAUCAGUUGGCUCAAUGUCUUAUUGGUGCGGAUUUACAUGGUGCUCUCAUUCUAGUGGCCGAGUGCAAGGUAACUAGUUUCACUGGAGUGAGUGGUAUUAUGAUUCGUGAGACUGCGGAAACAUUUGGUCUAAUAACCCAGGACAAUAAAUUCCGAGUUGUCCCCAAAAAGUUAUCUAUCUUCAUAUUCCAAGUUGAUUGUUGGAAAAUUACAUUACAAGGCGAUAAACUCACUUCAAGAAACUCGGAAUAUACCAGAAGAAGAGAGAUAUCAAGGUAAAUGAGACAUUUUGCAUACAAUGACCAGAAAUCAUGAAUAAAAUCACUAUAUGGGACUAGAAGGCAAUUUACAUCAAUAAACAAGCAAAGAAGUGUCAUCAUUCAAAUUUUAUGCGAAUGCUUGGUUGGAACUUGAAAGCAGGAGCAAACACCCCACAAUUUUAAUUAAUUCCAUUUUACUAUCUGCGUAUGUAUAUAUUACAUUCCUGCCUUGAAGGUAUAAGCUCAGCGACCUCUUGGAACCCUACUUCAAGUGAAAAGAACCAGCCAACGUGGACAUUGAUGAGCUUUCCACUGCUGAGGCCAUUGAAAGAGUGGUGGAGUUCAUGUCAACACUCCCAACAGAAAAUGGGUGGAAUUCUUUCCCAACACUAUGAGUAAACUAGUAUUUCUGUUAAGAAUUUUCUUUUUUUUUAUACGUAGCAUGCCACUGUGUUAUCGUUCGGUUAUUUCAUCAACUGUAUAGUUUUUAACCAUAUAAAUGGAUUAACUUUUUAACAAAAAAGAUUAAUUUGCUUUUUGAUCUAAGGUAUAGAGGCAAAUUUGUCCUUUUUUUAAUAGAAGGAGUAAAAUGUAAUCUAACUUCUAAUA